GCCGCCCAGCGGCCGCGGGCACCCCGGCCGCGCCCGCCCUGCGGGGGCACCGCGCGCGCUCCGCGGCGGCCGCCGCGCGGGAGCACUCCUCAUUUCCACCGCGUGGCCACCGCCCCGCUGGCCCCUCCAGCGGAAGGUGCGGCUGUUGCGCGAGUGCAUGAAGGGCCAGGCCGCGGAGCUCCGGGGGGAGCCGGCUCCCCCGCGCUGCGUGUGCGGCGGUGCGCUGGAGAGGCUCACGGGUGAGGAGCGCGUGCGCCGCGUGUUCGGGCGGCAGCUGCCCGCGAACCUGCACGGCACGGCCAUCUUCGAGCAGAUCGUCGCGCGCAUCCUGAGCCACGGCAUCUCCAUCUGCUCCUGCGACCUCUGCGGGAGGAGCAUCGACCCCCCAGCGCCGUCUGGACCUGCGAGAACGGCAACAGGACGAUCCUGCACGCGAACGCAUACGACGUCUGCGAGCAGUGCUUCCAGCUGCACACUGGCUGCGGGCCUCCCUCCGACGGAGGCCAGGCCUCGGAGGACUUCGGGACCGACCCGGGCUCCGAGGACACGGAAACCCCCAGCAGCGAGCCCGAGGCCUCCAUCGGGCGACGAGGGCGCGCCUGGCCGGACCCGCUCGACGCGGGCACGGACACGUCCUCGCCCUGCGGGGAGGAGGCGGCGGGCAGCGGAGCGCCGCUCCCGCGGCCCGACGGGGGCGCCGCGGGGGGCGCCGCGGGGGGCACCGCGGGGGGCGCCCGGGCUGCCGAGGCUCCGCCAGGA